AUGGCUACUUCUCUUGUACAGAGUCGACUCUUCCUCAUCCUCUUCCUCACUUACCUUGCAGCCGUGUCAUCAGCUACUACUACCACAACAACCCUAAAAUGCCACUCUGGAACCCGAGGAAGAUGCACUCCUCAGUUCUGGAGCAGCAGGAGAGAGGCUUGGCCGAGGAAGGUCCCACGGGGAUCGAUGGUGCGGAACCUGUUCGGGUCGAGGGCGAGUGAACGGUACGGGUCCGACAUGAUAUUGAUGGAAUCGAGGGCUGUGACUAAAGAAGGGGACGUGUUCAAUGAGUUGCUGAAGCAGGCGAGUGCAGCCUUGCACAACUCGUACGCGAGGAAAGGGUUUCCAUACACGGCGUGGGAAGUGAAGACUCUGAUGAUUCAAGGAUUGGUGACGGAAGGUGCGGCGGCUCGCCUAACCAAACGCUUUUCUGUUGCCAAUGAUGCUUGUAUUUAG